AACAUUGCAAAAUGGAAACCUCAUUGUCUCUAGCUAGUGAUAGUUUUUCAUAUAGUUGGUUAUCAAACUCUAAUAAAUUCCCUGUGGAUUAUCUAGAUGAUGAUCCUCAUAGAGUUUCUAUCACCAGUUUCUAUGGAGAUAGUACCUCAAAUAAUAGCCAAAGCUUCAAUUUUAGCACUUGUAUCUCUCAAUCAAAUCUUGUACUUGUUCAUGCUGAUGAGAUUUUCUCCAAUGGCUUUCUUUUGCCAUUUUUUGUUGACCCUUAUACUCAAGAAUCUAAUCAAACGAAGAUUGGUACUUCUUUUUCUUCUGGAAAUUUUUCUUCAAGAAAUAUGGAAACUCAUCAUGGUUUUCUUAUUAGGUUGAGAAAAUCAACAUGGAGAACUUUGCUACAAUUUUUCAACCAAUUAAGGAAGAAAGUGGAGAAGUCAAGGAAAAACACUAAAGUUAGAAUUGAGGAUAUUGAUGAGAUAGAUUGGCAAGUAAAAAGUUUGAGAAGCAUUUCACAGAAAGCUUCUCCAAUCGGUGAUUUUUAUGUUGAUCAUGAUAACUCAAUUUAUGAAGCAGUUCUUCACUGCAAAAAAUCAAUAGGAAAAUGAUUAUUGUAGGAGGAAGUGGUGGACACCUAGAAAUGUAUGGUGCCUAAUUGAGCAUUCCAUUUUUUUUCUUGGUGUAAUUUCUCUCUGUUGAAGUAUUUGUCUUUGGGAUUUAAAAUGAAUAAAUUUUAUGAAUGUUGGAUUUAGUUGCUC